CUUUUAUCCAACAAGGCCUCUCCCAUCUCCAGGAUUACAUUGUGAGCAAAGGGUUUUGCUCUAAAGAUGCAAAACCUCCCAAUUAUAGCAGAUUCUUGAGUUUGAACAUAAAAAAAUUCAUUCUUUUUACUACCUUUGAAUUUCUCUCUAUCUUUUAUUUUGGUGGGUGUCAAAAUUUGGAAGAUGGGAAAUUUAUUUGUCAAGAAACCCAAGAUCACUGAAGUAGAUAAAGCAAUUCUGUCUUUGAAGACCCAAAGGCGUAAGCUUGCCCAGUAUCAGCAACAGUUGGAGGCUGUUAUUGAAGCUGAAAAACAAGUUGCAAAGGCCUUGCUACGUGAAAAGAAGAAAGAUAGAGCCCUUUUAGCCUUAAAAAAGAAAAAAGUGCAAGAAGAAUUAUUAAAUCAAGUUGAUGUCUGGCUCAUAAAUGUUGAGCAGCAAUUGGCAGAUAUAGAACUUACAAGCAAGCAAAAGGCUGUGUUCGAGAGUUUGAAAUCUGGAAAUAAUGCAAUUAAAGCAAUACAAAGUGAGAUUAACCUAGAGGAUGUUCAAAAGUUAAUGGAUGAUACAGCAGAGGCAAAAGCUUAUCAAGACGAAAUCAAUGCAAUUCUUGGAGAGAAGCUAUCUGCAGAAGAUGAAGAGGAAGUUUUAGCAGAAUUUGAGAAUCUGGAGUCUCAGUUAACUGUGCAAGAUCUGCCAGAAGUUCCUUCUGCAGCACCACCUGCUGAAAAUGUGGAAGAGGAAUUGGAUCUUCCUGAUGUACCUACAAAAACUCCAGUCAUUGCGGAUGCUCAAGAUAUUUCAGCUGGGAUGACUGAGCGAAAGAAAGUUAUGGAAGAACCAUUACCAGUAUGAUCUCAUUGUGUCCUGGUUCAUGGUGUCAAAUUUAACGACACUAUUGAUAUGAUGAAGUCCUUUUGAAAUUAAAGAUCUCUAACUUCAUGUAACAUAUACAGUUCUUUGGUUAUUUUCUCACAGUUUUUUGUAUUUUUCUCUCGCGACUCUACAGAUUGUCGUCUUAUUUCCAACAUGCACAUUUCGGAUAUCAUAUUUGUACAGUAUGUUUUCUGUCAUAUAGAUUAUAGAAAACAUUCCAGAGUCAUUGAUAAGUA